AUGCAGAUCACCUUUGCUAGCCUGGUCUCUGUCCUAGGAGUUUUUGCCCCCUUCUCCUUCGCUGCGUUGCCAUUCGGCAACAUAGGCCCAGAAGGCAGUGUCCUCUUCCUGAACGGCUUUCACUUCCUCUCUGGCAAUGCUUCUGCUGAGAUCUCUGCUAAUCAUUACUGCACCAUCCUUUCCGAUGACUUCCUCCAAUGCACAGUCUACACAACUGGCACAACCCCAGAACACCUCGCCGGCAUCGAAUACAUAAUCUCCCCAACCCUCUUCGCAACCCUCUCCUUCGAAGAACGACAGCUCUGGCACUCGCACGCCUACGAAGUGACAUCAGGCUUCCUAAUCGAGCCACACAUGCCCGCCUCGGUUGAUCUCGCCAUCAUGGGCGAUGUCCUCGUUGGUACCUAUGGAAAGACAGCUCACACCUGGCGAUUCGAUGCUGUGAACAAGACUGUCCCGGAAGGAAUUCCCGAGUUGGUCAUGGGGUAUACGCAGGACGGACAGAUCACGCCGGAUUUUGUGACGCAGAGAGACGAGUUAUUUGAGGUUAAUAGUACGGAGAUUAGAGAGCAGAGGGCGAAUAUUACGGCGCCGCCGAUUCUUCCUGGGGCUGAUAGUUGGCAAUUGGGAUUCGUCCUGACGUAUGGGUUGGUCAACACUACUAAUGAUACUGUCUUCCCCAGCUCUGGAUGA